AUGAAGGAUACGAGUCAGAAUGAAGUACUCUUUUCCGUUUUUGACAUUCAAGGUCCAGUCACUGAACCACCAAAAGCCCAUCAACCGGAAGAAGAGUCACCAGCUUCCGAGUUGAAGGAAGUCAAGCUUUCAGACGCAGAUCAAGAAGUCAAGCUACUAGAUGCAGAGCCGGAUAAAAAAGCAAAAAAGAAAGUCUCGUUCGAACAAGAUGUACCAGACCCUGCAUUAGAUCAAUCGUUUGUUGCUUCCAUUGGUCCCAUCAGACCACACCCACCUUCUUCUGGUCUUACAAAUCCGAUCAAAGUGUUACGAUUGAUGAAGAUAAGUCAUUGGAUGUACUUCUUCGUUGCUUGGCUGGCGUUAUAUGCAGAUUUUGUUGAUUUUCUGUCUUUGGCAAUAGGUACAAGAAAGAUUGCACUGCAUUUCGAAACCUCAAAAACUCGUGUAAGCACAGCCAUCACCUUAACUCUACUUACUCGUCCCAUUGGAGCUUGCAUAUUUGGACUCCUGUCUGACUAUCAUGGCAGACGAUGGCCGUUGGCUUUCAACUUGUGCUUGCUAGGCAUUUUUCAAAUCGGUUCUAUUCGUGCUGAUUCUUUGAAUGGGUUCAUCUGUAGCAGGGCAUUUUUUGGUAUAGGGAUGGGUGGUGUGAGUGGUUUAACAUCGAUGAUUUUCGAUUCAAGUCCACUGGAAGCGAGAGGCAUCUUAGGGGGUCUAUUGCAAACUGCGAUUCCAUGUGCUUCGAUCACUGCUGCUGGCUUGAAUAUGGCUUUCGGUGCAGCUCCUGAGACAUACAAGUUAAUGUUUUGGGUUGGUGCGGCGAUUUCAUUCUUUGCUGCAAUCGUACGUGCCAUUGUUCCAGAUUCACCGCAAUUCCGACAUUCUCGUAUAGUUGAAAUCGAAGCAAAUCCAAACGCAAGACGGUUUAAAGUCAAGAUUAGUCGUUUCAUAAGGAAUUUCAAGCAGAUGAUCGUUCAAGAUUGGACAAUGCUUAUUUAUUGUGCAAUCUUUGUCAGCUUGAAUUCAUGGGUAAACAAUGCGUUUGGCAAUAAUCAUUUCACCUUUUUGGAAUCGGCAAAAGGGAUGAACAAUCGAACAGCAAGUAUCAUUGCUAUGCUUUGCAAUAUCGGAAGCUUCUCGGGAAUGUUAUUUGGAGGAGCUUUAAGUCAAUUCUCGUAUCUUGGUCGAAGAAGGAUGGCAAUCUUCUGCACCGUGAUGGCAAUCUUUUUCAUUCCCGCUGCUGUUUUACCGACCUCUCCUGCAGGUUUGACGAUUGGUUGUAUAUUCUUCUACCUUUUCGUCCAGGGUUAUUGUGGAAUAUUGCCUUCUCACUUGAACGAACUUUCUCCCAAAGCGUUCAGAGCCUUCUUUACCGGAACGGCAUAUCAAUUGGGAACAAUGAUUGCUUCUCCUGGGGCUCAAGUUGUUAACGCAAUUUCCGAAUCAAGAGUCAAGACUUUAGCAAACGGUACAAGAGUUGAAGCAUAUGAGCCCGUCAUGGCCACUACUGCUUUUAUCAUCCUCUUCAUUACGGUCUUUUGGGUUGCCAUCGGACCUGAAAGACGUAAUACAGAGUUACGAGACUUUGUUCCGGCUGCUAUAGCUACAAAAGUGGAAGCGAAGCAAGAUAAUGUUAUUUAG